AUGCCGUACGCCUCGCCGGAAAGAAAAUUAUUCAUCGGAAUGCUGUCGAAAAAAAUAUCCGAACCCGACAUCAGGCUGAUGUUCGAACCUUUUGGAGCCAUCGAAGAGUGUUCGGUGCUCCGGGACCCGAGUGGCGUUAGCAAAGGUUGUGCGUUCGUCACGUACACGACCAAACAGAACGCCAUCGCGGCCAUCAAGGGUAUGCAUCACUCGCAGACCAUGGAGGGUUGCACGUGUCCGCUGGUGGUGAAAUUCGCCGACACCCAAAAGGAAAAGGACCAGAAACGCAUGCAGCAGAUGCAAGCGAACCUGUGGGGCCUGGCAGCGACCGGAGGCAACAGCGUGCCCACCGCCCAGUACUUGGCCCUGGGCGUGCUGGCCAAUCAGCAGAUGAACAAUGACACGAAUUCGCUGUCGUCGCAAGUGCUCCAGCAGAUCCAGCUGAACGCCGCCGCCGCCGCCGUGGCCGCCAACAACAACAACAACCACCAGCUGAACAAUCUGCUUUUGACCAGCAACACAGGUGCGCUCAAAUCCCCGUAUCAUGUCCAGACGUCCCAUUACCAUCCCACACAUGUAGAUACCAUGUCACCUCGGCGUUUAGAUUACACCGAUCCUUUCUAUACAGGCUACCAAAAUUUGUCAGCGUCGCCGCCGAGCCUGGGAGACUUGAACCCUGGAAACUUGCAGAACUUGUCGACCCUCGCCAAUUUGUCCGUCGGAAACCCUAUAGUCAACUCUGUGAACAUGCAGAAUCUAGUCACGUUGGCAGCGAUGGGAGCAAAUUCCGUCUCGCCUACAGGGUCCAGUUCGUCUAGUCUAAGUAGUUCAGCUCUGUCGAGUUUGUCGCCUACGUCUGCAGCCGCUGCAGGUCUUUUGGCGGGCACCAACGGCACGAACGGCGGCACAUACGGUUCGUCGCUGAACGCACUCGGUCUCACGCUGGCCGACCUCAACUCAAACCAGUUCGCCAUGCCGCAAUCGCCACCGGCCAGUUCGCCGCUGUACUUUUUGAACAACAACAAUAACAACAACAACAGUCCGACAAAAGUGUCCAGCAAGCAGCUUGAAGGUCCGGAAGGUGCCAAUCUGUUUAUAUACCAUCUCCCCCAGGAUUUCGCUGAUUCUGAUCUCGUGACCAUGUUUUUACCAUUUGGUAACGUUAUAUCGGCAAAGGUUUACAUUGAUAAAGAGACCAAACUGUCCAAGUGUUUCGGGUUCGUGUCGUACGACAACGCGUACAGCGCGCAGGCGGCCAUACAGACUAUGAACUCAUACCAGGUGGGCAACAAGAGGCUGAAAGUGCAGCUCAAGAGACCCAAAGAGGCGUCCAGGCCGUACUAA